UCGGCGCCGCGUCAGUACAUGCGGUUUCGCCGCAGCGUGUGGAUUGUUUCUUUGCGAUCAGGUAUUCCUCGACUCGUCUAUCCUGACAGGCUCUCUCCUUCACUCUCGUUGACUCGCGACAAUCGCGUGCCACGCUCUCGUUCACGCAAAGCUCUCCGCAAAGCUUGACUUUCAACGCUAAUUACUUCGUCCUUCUUCAUUCACGUGUGUUUCGAUCCGAAGGAUCGAGGAUCAUGCCAGCGGACGCCGAACUCAGCAGCCUGCUCAGCAGGCGGCAGAGGAUCAACGACGAACUCGAGGAGGGCAAGGAGGUGAAGAAGCAGUACAAGUUUGUGAACGUUUAUACGGAGUUCCAUGAGCUGUCGCGCCGCGAGAUCAAGCAGUACGAGCAGACCUUCAACAGAUUUGACGAUGGUCAUGAUGGCUUCCUCGAUCUUACCGAACUGAAGCGAAUGAUGGAAGUUUUGGGUGCACCGCAAACGCAUCUUGGACUCAAAGCGAUGAUCCAGGAGGUCGACGAGGAUGGCGACGGUCGCAUAUCUUUCCGUGAAUUUCUGCUGAUCUAUCGUAAGGCACGAGCUGGUGAGUUAGAACAGGAUUCCGGAUUAAGCCAGCUGGCCAGACUCACCGAGGUCGACGUCGACGAGGUCGGUGUCACAGGUGCUAAGAACUUCUUCGAGGCCAAGAUUGAACAACUACGAAAGGCCUCGAAGUUCGAAGACGAGAUUCGCAUGGAGCAAGAGGAGCGGAAACGAGAGGAGGAAGAAAAAGCGGCGAGGCGAGAGCAAUUCCGGCAGAAAGCCGCGAUCUUCGGCAAAUAAUUGCGGAGCAAAAAUCACGGGAGAGCGAAAGCUGACGACCCGCUCGUUAGAAUGCGAAGACGGAUUGUUUUGUAUUGCUUAAGUUUAUUUCCCAUGCUCGAAGCGAUAUCCGACGCCAAUGCUCUAUCAUUUAAGCGCGCUUCGAAGCGAUGUGAAAUCGCGAUUCGAUCACGGCGAUUGUGAUUAGAAUUUUAAGCUGGAAUUGAAACCGCGAUAUAAUUUCUAUGUAAUUAACGCACGAAAGAAGAGUUUUAUACAAUUUUUAUUUUUGCAAAUAAUUAUUUCCGCCUAUCGAACGAUAUUAAAAAUCGAACUCAGAAUACGAAAUGAUGACGCUUUCAAUCCUUAAGUUCGAAAAUAAAAUUCUUUUAUUGAAGAUACAGUGAACACUGAAAUUCCUUCUCCGAAUUUUAAAAUAAGUAACAAUAGUAAAAACAAUAAAUUUUUUUAACUGUUGCGAUUUUUUAAAUAUUUAUUCAUUUAUUAUUUAUAUACUGUGUAUGUAUCACGAUUUGGCAUUGUAAUAACGUUUACUGUACUUGGAAUAUUAUGAAAUAUUAUGCAAAGAGAUUAUACACAUGAAUUUUAUAUGAGAGGACAUUUCAGAAAGUGGUUAAUAUCUAACACAUAUCUAUCUUAUAGGAAUAUAUUUUAAAAUUGAAUAGCGCGCAAACUAGAUUUUUACUUGCUGCUUUAAUAGCAAUUCUAACAUCUUGUCUCUCUCUAAAAUGUUUAACAAAAAUUGAAGAGCACAUAGUAUUCGAUAUUUAUGUAAAGAAUUAUUUAAUAUACAAAUAACGUUCAAGGACAUUAAAAUUCCAGUAAAGAGUUAAUAUCGAAUAAUUGGCCUGUUCUUCAUCACAAAUAUUAUAUAACUAUCAAUAUAUAAUAUUGAUUUUUAUCGAGUAUAAUGAAUAGACUGAAGACAGAAUUGAUAUAAAAAUCGAUUUUGCAUUAUUCAAGAGAGAAUAACUUUAAUGAUUGUUGGGUCUUCGAUAGUAUGAGAUUCAUCGGUGAACGUAUCUUAAUUUUUAUUAUUAACGAUUAUAUUAUAAGACUUUACUUUUUUAUUCAUUAAAUAAGAAAAAAUUCUUUGUCAUUAAAACUUGUACGGUACUAUGUAUGGUAUAAUGUAAGAGAAAUAUGCAUGUAGAUAUGUUGUAUAUUCGUGCAGGUGCGUGUGAAUGUAUGCCAAAUCAUAGGUAUGCGCGUGUUGUCCACUCGAUUAAAAAAUUGGGACAUCGAAUAAUUAUUCGUGGCGCAUAAAAAAAAUUAAUAAUAUUCAUUAUUAUUAUUACUACUAAUUUGCAUUUUUUAUUCUAUUUGUGCCUAUAACAAUACCAAACUUCGGCUGAUAAAAAGAUAACUGUUAUGUAUUUAUAACUAUCGCAAUAAAUAUGAAAUCAGUAAAGUUAAG